AUUUUUUUAAAGUGGUAUAUUUUAAUGCAUAGAGUUUCACAUCCAACAGCAAAAUAGCUUUCGUUACUUUGUGCCAAGUGGAGGGUCCUUAGCUUCUUUCACACACACGCACACACUCUCUCUCUCUCUCUCUUUCUCAACUUUCUCUCCUCUGCGACGUCGUCAUCGAUUCUCUUCUUCCGCGACUGAUUCUUCUGCUACUGAUCCUUAAGAUUUAACCAGGGUGAAUUUUGGUGGGGUUUUUGUUUCCUGAAGAACAUUGUUAUUCUUAGAUUAAACAGGCUACAAAAAAUUUGGGCAUUUCUGGUUUCAAACUUUGAUGUCUCCACCACUACGUGGUGUUGGCAAGGAGGGAGGUCCAGGAAAUGUCACUCUACUACCUUCUUCGGCCUCCAUGGAAAGCAUAUGCCAGAACGGCCCAAAAUUGAAAGAGCGUAAUUACAUGGGAUUAUCAGAUUGUUCUUCAGUGGACAGCUCAGUGGUCUCUAGUUUCUCUGAUGAGAGCAAAACGAGGCUGAAUCUGAAGGCUACAGAGCUGAGGCUUGGACUUCCUGGGUCUCAGUCUCCAGAGAGAGAUCCAGAACUUUGUCUAUUAAGUUCUACACAACUUGAUGAGAAGCCUCUUUUCCCUUUACAUCCUACAAAUGAUAGUCACUAUCCAUCACAGAAGAAUGUUGUUUCUGGCAACAAAAGAGGAUUCUCUGAUGCUAUGGAUGGGUUCUCAGAGGGGAAAUAUCUUUCUAAUUCUGAGGUAUUGUCACCCAGGCCUGCUCAAAACUUGGGACUAAAGCCAGGUUCUAUACCAGAGAACCUCAGGGCUCAACCAGCCAAAGCAAAAGAGAUAGCAACCCAGAAAGCAGUGCAGGAAAGACUCCAUGUUGCCAGUGAAACUAGAAUAAACCAUAAUGGCUCUACAAACAAUAAUAGCAGCGCACCUGCUCCCAAGGCACAAGUUGUGGGUUGGCCUCCAAUUAGAUCGUUUAGGAAGAACUCAUUGGCUACCCCUUCGAAGAACACUGAUGAAGUAGAUGGGAAAGCAGGGCCUGGCACUUUGUUUGUAAAAGUCAGCAUGGAUGGUGCUCCUUAUUUGAGAAAAGUAGACUUGAAAAAUUACUCAAAAUACCAGGAAUUGUCUUCUGCCCUUGAGAAGAUGUUCAGCUGUUUUACCAUUGGCCAAUAUGGAUCUCAUGGAGCUCUUGGUAGGGAGAUGCUGAGUGAGAGCAAGCUGAAGGAUCUGCUCCACGGCUCAGAAUAUGUUCUUACAUAUGAAGACAAGGAUGGUGAUUGGAUGCUUGUGGGUGAUGUCCCAUGGGAGAUGUUUAUCAAUACAUGCAAGAGACUGAGGAUCAUGAAGAGCGCUGAUGCCAUUGGCCUAGCACCAAGGGCCAUGGAGAAAUGCAGAAACAGAAACUAGCCAGUGUUAGACAUCAUUUUCACUAUCCAUCCAGCUGUCCUUGUGAUGGAUUCCAGGAGAAGAUAUUAAAGCACAUGAACCAAAUUCCUCUUGGAGGUUUGAGAAUGGAAGUAUGUUGGACUGGGUAGGGGAUCAUGAACAUCUUCCUUCAUUAUGUCACUAUGUUUAUGUUCUCGAUCUGAGGUAUUUAUGUUCUCUAUGUCAUGUUUCUAAUCUAUUAAAAUUAUAAAACUCCUAGGCCUUGUAUUUGGCAGUACCUAAUGGAACAAGUUCCUGCUAUCACACAGGUACCUUAGUUUGUAAAUUGCAUUGGUUGUCGAACUCCUAUUUUGUGUGUUUGUAUGCUGAAUGACAUUUAUUGUAACUCAUCUAUGUUAACUUUCUGUAUGUGGGCAUGUAAUUUUGUAUCUCGUCAAUAAACAUAAUUGAAUGUGUUUGGUUAUUA